GCGCCGCGGCCGUUGGGGAACUCGGGGCGCAGAAUGGCGGAGCGGCCUUCUCCGGGCAAGUCCGCCGACCAGGCCUGCGCCUUCCUCUUCAGAAAGCCGGCGCGCAGAGGGGCGGCGGGCCGGCGCCCGCGGGGCCGCGACCCGGAGCCGGGGGACGGCAGCGGCGACGAGGGCAGCGCCGUGGUGCGCCCGCAGAAGAGGCGGCCGAGCCGCGACCCCAUGAUCCAGGGGAGCCGGGGGCGGCGGGGGGCGGCGGGCGGCGGGGCGGGCAGCGACGGGGAGCCCGAGGGCCCGGCCGUGGCCUACAGGUCCACGCGCUCGGCCAAGCCGGCGGGCCCGGAGGACAUGGGGGCGACCGCCGCGUACCAGCUCGACGCAGAGAGGCGCAACGCGCAGGCCGUCGUGGGGCGCAGCCGGAGGCCCCAGGCGCAGCGCGGGGACCGGGACGACGACGACGGGCUCUAUCGCGGUGUCAGUGGUUCCCAGGAGUACGAGACGCCCAAGUCCGCGUGGCCGGGCCGGGCCGCGGCGGGGAGGGCGAGGAAGGGCCCGCUCCGAGCCCCCGAGCACCUGCGCGCCACCGUGCGCUGGGACUACCAGCCCGACGUCUGCAAGGACUACAAGGAGACCGGCUUCUGCGGCUUCGGGGACAGCUGCAAAUUCCUCCACGACCGCUCCGAUUACAAGCACGGGUGGCAGAUCGAACGUGAGGUCCAUGAGGGCCGCUAUGGCGCCUGCGACGGGGAGAACUAUGAAGUGGGAAGUGACGAGGAGGAGAAGGCGUUCAGGUGUGCCAGCUGUCACCAGGCCGCGCAGCGCCCCGCCGUCGCCAAGGGCAGGCAGAGGUGCUGCCAGAGCUGUGCCAGGCGGCGCUUCCGUGGCACCCCACGCUCCUGUCUGUGACCAACCACCCUUGUUUGUUACUGUUACGAGCUUCUUACUGGAACCUCUGGCCUGUUCUGUGGAUAUUAUAGUGCCAUCUGCAAGCAGUGGUAGUUUUGCUGUUUUCUUUCCAAUCCGGGUAACUUUUCUGUCCUUUUUUGUCUAAUUGCGCUGGCGAGGCCUUCCAAGACUGUGUUGACAACUGGUGGUGAGAAGAGACAUCCUUGUCUUGGUCCUGAUCAUAGAGGAGAAGUGUCAUGUGGAGUUGUCCGUUGUCAAGGGGAGUGUGAUUGGCUGCGUGUUUGUCAUAUGUGCCCUGUGUUAUGUUGAGGUAUAUUCCUUCUAUAACCGUUUUCCUGGAGGGGUUUAUCAAUAAGAUGACAAGGGCGUUGAAUCUUGGCAAGUGCUUUUCCUGCAUGUAAUGAGGUGAUUCUAUGAUGUUUUGUGUUCCUUUUGUUGAUGUGCUGGAUCACGUUUUUGAUUCAAGUAUAUUGAACCAUUCUUGGGACUUGAAAUAACGCCCUCCCCACCUCGGCUCUUGUUCUCAUUUUGGUGCAACUAUGAUCGAAUCUCAAAAUUGCUGUUUUUCCUCCUAUUUUUGAUCCCAAUGUUCAUUUUUUCCCUAGUUUUUAAGAUUUUUCUUGACAUCUUUCAUACCGUCUAUUUUUUUUUGUUAUGUCAUUUUUAUUUUACUUUCCAGGAGGCACUUUCUUAGUCUCUGAAUGCUGUAUUUUAAAGUACUCUCGUGAACAAUUUCUAUCUCUUCUGACAAUAACAUUCAAUAAGGAUACUAGGAAUCUUUGUAUACAUGCCAGCUAUUAAGUUUGGGGGGGACACAUCUUGCAAUUUGAGGACAUCAGAACCAGAAGGGAUGUUCAGUUCCUAUUUCUUCAUCAGUUGAAUUGCUGCUGGGAAGUUGAAGAGCGUCCAGGAAAAUCUCAAUCAGAUGUAUCAUCUUAAGCAAGACACUUGCUUUCCUCAUCUCUGAACAAGAGUCUGCAAAGGACGGCAUCCAUCUCAAAGGGGUGAUGUGUGUGUACAUUGCAAAACAGUCACUGCACAAGGCAGAUGCUCAGCACAUGUCAAAAAUUAUCGUUCCUGCAUUUACUAAUGGGCUUUGUAUUGGGAGGAUUAUUUCCUCAGGAAAACAUCAAUUGGUGUUGGAGGACAGUUAUGGUUUCUAAACUUCAAGAAAAGUGUUUUAGUAAAAGGGAGGAAAUCAACAUUAACUUUGUCAAGAGACCUCUGUAUCUCCAUCAACAACUUCUUGUUCAUUGCCAAAUUUAAAGUACAUGAAACCCUCAAGACCUGAUAACAAUGAAGAAUAUUCACCGACUUCUUCCCAAGGUUCCUUUUAAUCAUGGCCUCAACAUUUGGGUGUUUGAACUACUGUGUGCUUUUGUGGUUACACAUAAUCUCUCAUUCUCAAUCUGGGAUAAGUGGGGAAAACAUAUAAAUUAGAACACUGGUUACAACCAUUGUCCUUUCAUGCUCUGGUUUUAAUAGUGAGACUCUAUCAUUCUUGAGAAACAUUUUGUAAACUGAAUAUUGUUUCAAAAUCCAAUUUAUACUUCUCAUGGAACUUUCUGGGGCAUGCAGUAUUCAGUAGGAAACAUCUGUCUUUGGGGUUUUCAUCACUGAGAGGCAAUUUACUACACGGCAUGGCACGCCUGGGUGUCCACAGAUAACCCCCAACAGGUGCUGGCUUGUGCUCACGUGUCCGCAGUGACAGCCACUCUGAAUGCACGUGCUCACAGGCAGAGGACAAAGGAAAAAGGGUGCAACUGGAAGAGUCUGAGGUUCCAUGCAGUGUCUGUUAGUGAGAAGAGGCUUGCCUGUUACAGGACCAGCCUUCAGUGCUCCUGCCAAGUUGUAACGCUGGGUGCUCUUACGAACAGUGAGCUCGCAUCCUUUGUGGAAAGUCUACUUUGGGGAAAUUCUACUUCAUCAGAAUGAAUUUCCCUCUGGCAUCUGGCAUCUUCAUGGAAGCCCUCUACGAGGAGAGCGAUGAGAGUCAACCCUCUAGGGAGUGUUAUUUUAGGAAGGGUGGUCAGGUAGGACCUGCGAGAGGAGAGAGACAAGCAGAAUCUGAGAUGAAGUGAGAGAGGAACAUUCAAGUGUGGGGUGGGGGUGUGGGGGGGAGAGGAACAGCUUUCCAAGCAGAGGAAACAGUCAGUACAAAGUUCUCAAGUCAGGAGCAGCCCUGGUUUGUUAAAGGACCAGGGACAGGGACUGUGUUAAGCACGUGUCCAGGGGCAAAUUGAAAGAGCGAAGCCUUGCCCAUGUUCAAGCUCUACACCAACUUAAGAAACAACCACACCAAGGAAAGUAGGUUAUACCUUCUGUUAAAAACCCCAGAGCCUCUGUCUCUGUUUUUAAAUGACUACUCACAUCUGUGUGGGAAAGGUUGGAAGGUUGGUCAACUUGGUGUCUAUCCACCCAUUGAGAGUUUUUCAUGUUCUACUUUCCGUCUUUCUAUCAUCCAUCAAGAGGAGUCCAGGUGCUUCGUGUGCCCACAAAUGCUUGCUGGUGCGCUUCCUAGAAACGUGGUCUUGUAAAACUUGAAACCACUUGCAUCCUAUCCUGCAUCCCUGCGCAGGAAAACUGAAGGAAACUAACCUGAAACUCAGAAAGAGUACUGACUUGCAGCACCAUGCCAAAGAGGAACUGAAGAUUCUAGAAUAGUGGGAUUAACGGGUUAGAUUUAAAUCUCCCUAGGUUCCAAUUCUAGCUCUAAUAAUCAUUAAAAUUGUAUCACAGCUUUAAACAAGGCAUUAUACCCCUCCAAACCUCAUCUAGAAAAGAAGGACAAUAGCACCUACUCCGAGUUUUAUGAGGGUUUAAUCAGGGCAUGUAUACAAAGGGUCUGAUUCAUAAUAGAAUGUGGAAAACGGAUUUUUAUUACAUUGAUCACAUGAUGAAAUCACU